CAUGUGUCUCUCUUUGGUGCUUUUUUCAUUCCUUUUCCUCCUCUUUAUUUUGCUACGUCUUCUUCUUCUUCUUCUUCUUCUUCUUUUUUUUUUGAUUUAUUAUUAUUAUUCAUCUUUUCACGGACCUUUAGCCCAAAACUUUUAACCUAAAAUUCCCUUAUGAUUAAUGCAUUGCCAGCUGACUUUUCCUGUUUAUGUUAUUGUUUUGUUUUGUUUUGUUUGCGUCAUGGCCCGGAAGAGACGAAAAUUGGAGGUCCGUUUCUUUGUUUACUUUCUAUGAUAAGCUUCAGAUCAUGGCCAGCGAGAUAGACCACCACCUUGAGUGGAUUUUCAGAUUCGUUUGCCCAAGCUGAAUUACAUGAAACUAACUAAUGAUUUGUCUGUCUCGCUGUUUCCUUCACUUUUACUUUUCUCUUUUGCCCCUACCCUCUUCUGAUCUGGUAAGAGAUCGACCAAUUCUUUGUCAAUUCUUUUCUGUCCUUUCCCACUUCUUCUCCCUUUUCCUGUUACCUAAUCUUUCCCUUUUCACUUUCUCUCUUCCCCCCUUGUUUUUAUUCUGGAAAAAAGAACCAUUGUCUGGAUCCUGGUCCAGGACCAGGAUCAUUUAGUUGACACUGUCCUACGUAUCUCGAAAGAUCGAGGGGAAGGUUGUCCCCAAAAUUCACGUGGGGAAGUUUCCUCGAAGAGAAUUUGUCAAUGUCACCGACAGGAUGGUUAAGCUGUGCAGAUACCGCCGUAGCCGUUGGCGGAAACCAAUGGCAAAG